UUGUGAGAACGAUGUGGAUUUGGGUUCAGAAAAUGAUGUUUAUUGAAGCUGGAUAAUGAGGGGAAGCCCUGCUCUGAGACGCCUCACUGAGUUGGACAAUUUGCAGAAGCGAGACCUCCCACCGACUGCUCCUCACCUCAAAAACUAUUGUCUCUUAUGUUUAAAGGGAAACAGGUACUGUAUGUUUCUAGGAGUAGAGACAGCGAAAGGAGGAAGCAGCUCUAACUGCUUUGUUUAAGAAAAUAAUGUUUUCGGAGGAUUACUCCUCAGCAGAGCCAUCUGUAACUGAACUGUAAAGGAAGAGAUCAUGAGGACGGAUCAGCUCUGGACUGCACUGAGUCUGUCCAUCUGGGCCAUCCUCUUCCUCACCACAAAGGCUGACAAUGAGGACUGCAUUGUAUUACAAGUGCGAAGACACACAAAUCAUGAAGUGGUUUCUGGACAGAAAUUCAGGAUUGACUGUCCAGUUCUAUUCUGCAACAAUCCACCACCAAGGGUCACCUGGUAUAAAAUAGAGGGCGAUCGUGACCGUCUCAUCAUCAACAGCAGCAAUCGCAUUAGAACAGGAUGGGAGGAGAUCAAGCCUCUGGAAGGAGUUUCAUUCCUUAUUUUUCAAAAGAUCCAAAAAAAUGACUCUGGAAGAUAUGGAUGUAAAACUGAAGGCAGUGUUAGUCAUAUCAUCAAUAUCACAGUUAUUGAUGAAACUGAGGUCACUAACAAGACAAACAAAGCAAUAAACAACGACACAAAUGAAGAUCCCCAAACUGAACCAAAAGAUAUUUUCUGGAUGUACGUGUACUCCGCUGCUGGCAUUGGUGCAUUUGUCAUCAUAGUAAUUAUUAUUUCCAUUAUAUGCAUGCAAGGAUGUAAAAGGAAAUCAAGGGAAGAGCAAAAAAUGGAAAAUCAGUACAUUGAGAUCCCUUUGGCUGGGCAAGCCGUCCAUGAUGGGGUUCGAUAUUCACCAAGAGGAAGCCCCAACCUGCCGCCAUCUAGAAGAGCCAGUGAGAGAAAGCUACCAGGACAACCUGCAGAGCUGACGACAUCUAGAGAAAAUGAGCCGCUUCCCGGUCCAAGGAUGAAUGAGAGAAACAGACAGAGGAAUGUAACGCAAGAGCAGGAACCCAGCUCUGUUGUCUAUGCUGCUCUCAACCACGGGCCGACACAAAGAGAAGCACCCCGGCCACAGAUGCAAAUAGAGGAGACAGAGUAUGCAGCGAUACGACUGCCAUAAUGACUGAAUGUCUGUUGGAUUAAAUCACACUAGAGGACCAAGAUUCUUUAAAGGAGUACAGCAGGGAUCCAUGAUUCUGGAAACAGACAAUUCAAAUCAUGGCCCCCAUUAAAGUUUGGAAACACUGAUCUUUUUCACAAUAAAAUAUGUUAAAGGACUUGCUAAAACACACACGCAAAAAGGAUGAUCUGAAUCAAAGACUGAAGGUUUGUGGUUUCUACUGCUUUUCUCUUUGGGGUGGAAAAUGUUCCUGCUGAAACCCCGAUAAGUGCCUCAACGUCACUGCAAACUACUGACUAAAAAGCACGUUUCUCAUUCUUCAAAGGUUAAACCGAACGGAAACGUAACUGUAUUUUUAAUGAUUGUUAAUUCAACAGAUGUGUCAUUUUCAUCAGCCUGCAUUUUUUUUUCUUCCUGUCUUCUGUAUUUGGUGCUAAAAUACAAGAACUAUGCAGCAAUGACUCAAUGAGGGGCCGUCUGAGAUGAAUAAGUAGGUUAUCCCACCACUUUGGUUAGAAAAACAGUGCAAGAGUCCUGAGAAGAUGCUUCAAAGAACCACAACUAAGGUGUUCAGCCAGCUAGAACCUAACAAUCUAAAUUUAUUUUUACCUAGAUGGUAGUGAAAUAAUUAAGAACUAAAAGAGCUAACAGCCUUUUUAAAAGUAACUUCUGAGCUGUCUAAAGAUUGUUUUAUUUUUUUCCUCCAAUGGUUUAAUACCUAAAAUAAAGUGUGCUAAUUUUGUUAUCACCAUGUAGCAAACAUAAAGCUAAAAGAUGCUAAACAACAACAAAAAUUUAAUUCUUUGUUUAUUUAUUUUUUUUUUUUAUAAAUAG